CUUGUUUAUCUGAGAUGGCAGUUUCAAUGAUACGGUUUAUUCUUACAUCUGUCAACAAGUCCCAGAUGGUAUGGGUUGUGUGAGCUCUAGAGCAAAGAAUGAUGGAGUCUUGAGGAAGACUCAGACACCUCAGACUAACCGCUAUACCAGAGAUCCCACAAAUACAGAGAGGCCUGCAUCAUUGCUUCCUGGACAAAAGCUACAAAAUGUGCAAGCUCGCAGGGCACAGGAGAAUAUUGUUGUCACCCUGUUUUCUUAUGAAGCUGUCAAACGCACAGAUCUGGGCUUUCAGAAAGGAGAGAGACUCAAAAUAUUAAAGGCGGAUGGUGAUUGGUGGACAGCAAAAUCGCUUUCUUCUGGACGUCAGGGUCUCAUACCUUCAAACUAUGUCACGACAGCUUGUAGCAUCGACUCGAAUGAAUGGUUUUUUAAGAACAUAAGCAGACGUGAUGCUGAGAGACAGCUGCUCGCCCCGGCAAACAAACCGGGAGCUUUUCUCAUCCGAGAGAGCGAGACGACUCCAGGAAAUUACUCGAUGUCAGUCAGAGAUGUGAAUGCAGAUGGUUCAGAUGCCAUUAAGCAUUAUAGGAUCCGUACCCUUGAUAAAGGAGGAUUUUACAUUUCUUCCCGAAUCACUUUCAGACAAAUACAAGAUCUCAUCACACAUUACCAGAAGAAUGCUGAAGGCCUUUGUCGAUGUUUGGAUAAAGUCUGCGUAAGGCCAGAAGACACCACAGCGUGGGAUGAGGACGCUUGGGAGAUCAGUAAAAAUGAUCUUCGUAUGGUGAAGAGACUCGGUGCUGGUCAGUUUGGAGAGGUUUGGAUGGCAUAUUACAACAACAGUACUAAAGUAGCGGUAAAAACGCUGAAGCCUGGCACUAUGUCUGUGGAGGCUUUCCUUCAGGAGGCAAAUCUCAUGAAAAACAUUCAGCACGAUCGACUCGUUCGCCUUCAUGCUGUGGUGACCAAAACUCCUCCCAUCUUCAUCAUCACAGAGUACAUGGCUAACGGAAGCCUGCUGGAUUUCCUGAAGACCCCGGCUGGCAGAAAAGUGAAGCUUCCUAAACUCAUCGACUUUUGUGCCCAAAUAGCAGAAGGCAUGGCCUAUCUCGAAAAGAAGAACUACAUCCACCGAGAUCUACGGGCCGCUAAUGUUCUCGUCAGUGAAAGUCUGCUGUGUAAAAUCGCUGAUUUUGGUCUAGCAAGAGUCAUUGAAGACAAUGAAUACUCGGCCAGAGAGGGAGCUAAAUUUCCUAUCAAAUGGACCGCACCUGAGGCCAUUAACUAUGGGACUUUCACUAUUAAAUCAGACAUGUGGUCUUUUGGUGUUCUAAUGUAUGAAACCGUCACGUAUGGUAAAAUCCCAUACGCAGGUCUCAGUAACAGUGAGGUGAUGGCACGAGUUCAGCGAGGAUAUCGCAUGCAGUGUCCAGAAAGCUGCUCUAAAGAACUUUAUGACGUCAUGACGACGUGCUGGAAGGCCAAACCAGAGGAACGGCCAACGUUUGAGUACAUGCAGAGCGUUUUGGAGGACUUUAACACAGCCACAGAGGGACAGUACCAGCAACAAUAAUACCACAACAACAUAAUGCUGUUAAAGGCCACAUAUAAUGACCAUUUUUACAAGAUGUAUUAUAAGUCUAAGGUGUGCCUAGAAAGUGUCUGUGAAGUUUUAACUCAAAGUACCACACAGAUUAUUUAUUACAGCAUGUCCAAAAUGCCCCUAUUUGGCAAGGAGCAAAAUAGUGCUUCUUUUAUGUGUGCAACUUUAAAUGCAAAUGAGCUACUGCUUUUAGUUAAAAAUUGAUCUGAUUCCUGUGAAUACAGCCUGGGAUAUAGUUGAAUUAGCUCUACAAUGUGCUAACAAACACCCUUAGAAAAGCUUUUGGGUAAAAUUAACCAGUCAGUCAGUUGCUGUGGGCGGAGCUUUAUCAGUGUGAUGUCACAUUAAUUAACAAGUUUAAUUCUUUGGUUUAAUAGGAAUUAAGUGCACGGUGGAUUUUUUUCAUUGUAGGGUUGUUGUGUUCACACAGUGCCAACACAAAUUUAUGUCCAAACGCCUUGUAAAAGUGGAUUUUGCAUAAUAUGGGCCCUUUAAAACAAGUCUUAGUUGAACAUGUGGGGCUUACAUUUAAAGAAAGAAAAGUAUCUCAUGAUUAUAAAAAUUGUUUAUAGUCAUCCUCUUUUUCUAAAGAUUAUUUAAUGUGAUUUGUUUAUACGUGCCGUGCCUCUUUUUAUGUGGAAAGCUAUAAGCAGCUUUUUAAUGGCACACUUAUUAAAUGAAAAAAACUUAAAGGUGCAGUGUGUAAAUUUUAGCAGCAUCUAGUGGUGAGGUUGCGAAAUGCAACCAACGGCUCAAUCCACUGCUCACCCCUCGCUUUUGAAACGCAUAGAGAAGCUACAGUAGUUACCACCGAAAAAACAUGUCAUCGUCGGAGACAACUUAGUAAAAUUUGUCCGUUAAGGGCUUCUGUAGAAAAAUUGCGGCAUAAAAUGGCGACUUCCACAUAAGGAGACCCUCUGUGCAUGUAGAUAAAAACGUCUCUUUCUAAGGUAAUAAAAACAUAACAGUUCAUUAUAAAAAGGUCUUUAUACACCCCUGAUUAUAUAGUUUUGUAAAUUAUUUUGCAUAUCUGUCUAGAGAUCCUUCUAAAAAGUACACACUGCACCUUUAAGAGAAGGACUGCACAUCCAAAAAAAAAAAAAAAUGUUAGGGGUACAGGUGCUGGCCAACAAAUAAUCAACGAAAAAACGACAUUGGUCGAAACGUUGCACCAUUAAAUCAUUAUAUCUAUUGGAGCAGAUUAUCAGUGUGCAGGCUUCUUCUGUUGUUUUUUACACUUAUUAAAUGAAACUGAUGUCCUUGGAUCUGCAUUAGACAGAAAUGCUUUUAGGGAAUAACUUCAAAGUUAUCAUACAAGUUGAGAGGACCUUUUAGAUAAGCCGAACAAAUUACAUUUUACACAGGUAAAAACACAGCGUCCAGUUUCUAUAAAAAAGCAGUUUGGACACGUUUGCAGAACAAUUUUAGACUAUAAAUAUGAUUAUAUGGGCAGAAAACUUUUUUCACUAGCCAUCACUGUGGCAGUCCCCCUAAAAAAGAUCCCAAUAUAAUAAAGGAGAGUGGGGCACAACCUAACAGUUUUUGGCUUUAUCAUACAAAUUUUUUUUUAAAGGUGCAGUGUGUAAUUUUUAGAAGGAUCUCUUGACAGAAAUGCAAAAUAUAUACAAAACUAUAUUAUCAGGGUGUAUAAAGACCUUUUAUAAUGAACCUUUAUGUGUUUAUUACCAUAGAACGAGACCUUUUUAUCUACAUACACCGAGGGUCCCCUUACAUGGAAGUUGCCAUUUUGUUCCGCCGUUUUCCUACAGAAGCCCUUAACGGACAAACUUUUUACUAAGUUGUCUCCGACGAUGACAUGUUUGUCCGGUGUAGCUUCUCUAUGCGUUCCAAAAGCAAGGGGUGAGCAACGGACUAAGCCGUUGGUUGCAAUUCGCAACCUCGCCACUAGAUGGCGUUCAAAUUUACACACUGCACCUUUAAGUUAGAUAAAUCAUUUUUAA